UAUAUAUAUAGAGAGAGAAGCGAGCAAAGAGAUAUUUUUGUGCUGUUGCGUAUUAAAAGCGUUCGUGUCUGCAAAAUUUUAGGGUUUUCUGGAUCUUCAUCUUCUUCAACAUCAACAACGAUAACCACAACUUUGUCAUCGUCUUCGAUUCUUAGGGGUAUUUGGAAUUUUACUGAUUGUAAUUCGUGGAGAUAUUGAUUUUCAAGGAAGGGUUUUUGAUUAUUCUGUGAAUUGUUAGGAUUUGGGGUGUUGGGGUUGAGUGGGAAUUGCUGUGAAUUUGUCAUGAGUACGAGAACUUCAUGGGCGGAUUUGGCUGCGAACUCUGCAGCUGAGAAUGUAACUGCUGGGUCUUCCUCUGCUAACAAUGGGCCUGUAGGUACGGCGUCGGCUCCUCCAUCCCGGAGCACCUAUGUCCCUCCACAUCUUCGAAAUCGCCCAGCUGUUUCUGAUGCACCUGCUCCUGCUUAUAGUGGGCCUGUUUCAAAUAAUGAUCGAGCUGGGUAUGGUGGCUCACGGUGGAGUGGUGGUCCUAGAAAUGAUUCUGGUCGAUCUGGGUAUAGUGGUGGUGGUGGCCGUGGUGGAUGGGGGGGUGGCAGAAGUGGUGGUUGGGACCGUGGGAGAGAGAGGGAAGUGAACCCCUUUGCAGAUGAUGAUGUUACUACAGAGGAGGCAUUUAUUGAGCAAGAGAAUAGCGGCAUUAACUUUGAUGCAUAUGAGGAUAUUCCGGUGGAGACAAGUGGUGAUAAUGUGCCACCACCUGUGAAUACAUUUGCGGAGAUUGAUUUGGGUGAUGCCCUGAAUCAGAAUAUUCGGAGGUGCAAGUAUGUGAAGCCAACUCCUGUGCAGCGGCAUGCCAUCCCCAUCUCACUUGGAGGACGGGACUUAAUGGCUUGUGCCCAGACAGGUUCUGGCAAGACAGCUGCAUUCUGUUUCCCAAUUAUCAGUGGAAUUAUGAGGGGUGAGAGUGUACAGAGACCACCCCGCGGGGCACGUACAGUGUACCCGCUUGCUCUUAUUCUCUCUCCAACUAGGGAGCUUUCAAUGCAAAUACACGAGGAAGCUAGGAAAUUUUCAUAUCAGACCGGUGUUAAGGUGGUCGUUGCUUAUGGAGGAGCACCAAUUCACCAACAGCUGCGGGAGCUGGAGAGAGGUGUUGAUAUUCUUGUUGCAACUCCUGGAAGAUUGGUAGAUUUACUGGAGAGGGCUAGAGUUUCAUUACAGAUGAUCAGAUAUUUAGCUCUAGAUGAGGCAGAUCGAAUGCUGGAUAUGGGUUUUGAACCUCAAAUAAGGAAAAUUGUGGAACAAAUGGACAUGCCUCCACCUGGUGAAAGGCAGACCAUGCUGUUCAGUGCCACUUUCCCAAAAGAGAUACAGAGAUUGGCCUCUGAUUUUCUUGCAAAUUACAUAUUUUUGGCUGUUGGAAGAGUGGGCUCGAGUACUGAUUUGAUUGUUCAAAGAGUUGAAUUUGUUCAUGAAUCUGACAAAAGAAGUCACCUCAUGGACCUUCUUCAUGCACAGAGGGCGAAUGGUACACAGGGAAAGCAAGCUCUGACAUUAGUAUUUGUGGAGACUAAGAAGGGAGCUGAUUCACUGGAACAUUGGCUGUGUAUGAAUGGUUUUCCUGCAACUACUAUUCAUGGUGAUAGAACACAACAGGAAAGGGAACAGGCAUUGAGGUCGUUUAAAAGUGGGAACACCCCAAUUUUGGUUGCAACUGAUGUGGCCGCACGUGGUCUUGAUAUUCCCCAUGUUGCCCAUGUAGUCAACUUUGAUCUACCAAACGACAUUGAUGAUUAUGUCCACCGGAUUGGUCGGACAGGGCGAGCUGGGAAAACGGGAUUAGCUACUGCCUUCUUCAAUGAGAACAAUUCAUCGAUGGCACGGUCUUUAUCUGAGCUAAUGCAAGAAUCAAAUCAAGAAGUGCCUGCUUGGCUGUCACGGUAUGCAGCUCGAUCUUCCUUUGGUGGAGGGAGGAACCGUCGUUCUGGUGGUAGAUUUGGUGGACGUGAUUUUAGGAGGGAAGGCUCUUUCAAUAGGGGUGGUUCUGAUUAUUAUAGUGGAGGCAACAGCAGUGGUGGAUAUGGAGCUUCAUCUGGUGGGUAUGGCGGAGGAUAUGGAGCAUCUUCUGGGGUGACCAGCGCUUGGGACUAACUUUUGACUUCUGAAGCAGUAAUGGUCUCUAGGUAAUAUGGUUGUGAACUUAUACCUUCUUCUAUAGGGUCAUUUUUGGUUUCCGUGACAUCUUUUUUGUUAGUGUUUUAAGCUUUUGUUGUUCUAUACUGUUAGAAGUGCUUAUGACUUAUGAGGGAGGUGAUGAUGUUUGCUUGGUAUUGGUGCGCCACAGGAAUUUAUGUAAGUUUGUAGGUGUUGGAGAGAAAGUACUAACCCAUUAGGGAUUUCUUUGCCCUUUUUUAAAAAUUUUAUCUGUCCUCUUUUCUCUUUGGUGGUAAUUUUGGUGGGUUAUGGGUUGUAGAAUAUGUAGUGGGAGAGGGUGAAGGUUUCUUUUUGACCGCUUCUUUGUUUUUCUCAUAGGCAUGUUCUUUUCAACCCAAAUUAUGUUGGGGUAAUAUUCUUGAGGCUCUGGUCCUGGUAUUUUUCUUCUUCCCUUUGUCAAGUAUUUCUAAGGCUUUUGUAAUAUUUUGGUUUUGACUGAAAUAAUACAAAGUUCUUGUUAAGCGAAUGCGUCACUCGAGUAAAUUACCUGGGGCAUGUAUUCAUGCAAUUUGUUGUCUUAGGAAUGAUGGAAGUUAAAGUUUGUUCAAUGUUAAGAGAAACAUUGUAUGAGAUUGCAUCUUUAUAUGAUAGUUAUGCUUUUUCACUUA